CUACCUUGCCUUUCACAGAGUGAGCACAGCGACGCAGGCAGAGAGUCAGUGAUCCCCGGCUGAGCUCUGUGACCGGGGCCUCCUGACUCUGGCUUCUACCUGAGAGGCAACUCAGCCUGAGACACCGUCUUCACUGCUUCACAGGUUCAGGGUGUGAACCCGGUGAAAGGUCAUGACUCCCAUGAGGAGGAAGCUGGUGGUGGUUGGCGAUGGUGGCUGUGGUAAGACCAGCCUGCUGUUUGUCCUCAGCAAGGACGAGUUCCCCGAAGGUUAUGUGCCCACCAUCUUUGAUACUUACGUGGCAGAUAUCAUGGUUGAUGGGAGGCUGGUGGAGCUGGCGCUGUGGGACACCGCUGGCCAGGAGGACUAUGACCGCCUGCGGCCCCUCUCCUACCCUGACACUGACGUCAUCCUCAUCUGCUUCUCGGUGGACAGCCCCGACUCACUGAGGAACAUUCCAGACAAGUGGAUGCCCGAGGUCAGGCACUUCUGUCCCGGUGUGCCGGUGAUACUGGUGGGUAACAAGAGGGACCUGCGGAGUGACCAGCGAGUGCGGAAGGAGUUGGCCCGGAGCAGGAAGGAGCCGGUGAGGUGGGAAGAGGGCCGGGCAAUGGCCGAGAGGAUUGGGGCGUACGAUUACCUGGAAUGCUCGGCCAAGACCAAGGAAGGCGUCUGGGAGGUUUUCGAAACCGCCACCAGGGCCACCUUGAAAGUCUCGUCAACGGGGUGUUUCGGCUGCCAGUGCGUGCUGAUGUAAAGACUAAACCCCCUCCCCUCCCCACCCAAAACCGGCCAACAACUCAGUGACCUGUCUGAGGUUCUAAACGAGGGGCAGGGGGAAGAGAUAAAGAUCCACAACACUGCAACCUUCCAAGCAGGCGCCCGCGGGUAGUGCACCUGCCUCUGGGCCACACAGCUACAGAAUCAAGUCCCACUCCAAAGAGACUGGAGCACAAACUCCAGGCAGUGCAGCAAGUGCCAACUUUCAGAUAAGACGUUUAAACAAAGGCCCCAGCCCCAGCAGGGGGGUGGGGUAGGCAGUAAGAUCAGCUCUUUGCCCAAUUUCGAAGGUGAUCAGGGAGGAUUAUUGAGAUCUUUGCUGCACGAGGCAGCUUGCUGUGCUGAAUGCCACACCAUUUUCUACAACACGACGGAGACUACAUCUUAUAAAAGUACUUCAUUGGUUGUAAAACUCCAUUGGAUGCCCUGAGAUUGGGAAAGGCGCUAUAUAAAUGCAUAUACGUUUCUGUUUCUGUUUCACAAAUGCUCCAAGGGGCUUGAAAUCCUACAGACAUUUACUUUUGAAGAUGAAUCCUGUCGGACUCCAGAUGAUUAUGUUGUUGUUCAGUGGGCGUACAAAUUUACUCAUGACCUACAUUUUCCGGUAAAGGGUCAGGCCAGCUGUAUUUUCUGCCCUUUAUUCUCCCACGUUCCUCUCUGCCAGCACUGAGUAAGUGGAAAACUUCACAGUAUUUCAUUGGGUACUUUCCCUUGUUUAUGAAAGGCGAGUAACUGUGACAAUUAGAUCACUCAAAUCGAUAAAUUACCAAUUCAUACAAAAAAAACACACAACUUAAUCUUGUGCAUUGCUUACAGAGUACAGGCUGUGUGGUUGGUGUCAGGGGGGUUUCAGGUCAGCUCAUGGACAUAGCUGAUUUGAACUUGAAGCUGACAAACAGCAGGUCUACCCUCUUCCCCCACCCCACGCCAGGCUGGAUCUGGCAGUGGGUGGGCUGCAGGUUUUGGAUUAAAAUUCGUCACGGAUUCAGGUGCCAAGAUGCACACACAGCUUUGGUGAAAAUGUAUGCGUUGGCAGCAAACGAGAAUUGGGCUGUGCUACGACGCCCUCCACGGUUGAAUAUCCGGAUGGCAGUCGUCUCCUGCUGCUAACGUACCCAGGAUGUGCCCGUCUGAGUGAGCAGCAGUAAACAAAGACAAGAACAGACUGAGCACCCACCGCAGAAUGAGCAUUGACACGGGGCAGCUUCAAUGCCAAGGGGAUUCAGGGCAGGCCAUUCCAGAACCUCAGCCUCAGGGCACAGUCUCUCCGAGAAGGGCUUGGAGUGUCACGGGGUGGGGGGUGGGGGUGGGGGAGGGGGGGGAGAAGGAAUAGGUACAGCAACUCUCACCUUCCCCUGCACUUCACUCCCAGGCAUUAGCUAAAGGGGCAGGGAGGCGGGAAUCAUAAAUCCCAAAGACUGGGAAGUGCUCCAGGAUCGACAUUGGGAUGGACCCUUGCUGGGGAUAUACAGAGAAGCCCCACCCCGCCCAUUGCUGAGCAAUAUUGAGGACCGCCAUCUGCCAGCAUACCAGUCGGCAUGGACAGGUUGGGCCGAAGGGCCUGUGUGAAUGCUGUAUACCUCUCGCACUCAGCCUCUGACCAGCACAAACGCCUGCCUUGCUGCUGGACAGUCUGACCCCCCCCACCCCAGCCCGUGCCAAUAAGUGGCCAGGUACAGGCUUUGACCUGGGGCCAUCCAGAUCAGGAGCAAGGCUGGAAAACCCAAACUGCGCACGUGGAGCUGAAUCGGAGAGCUCUCUCUCACCCUCCCAGCGCACUGCAGGUGGCCCUUCGGCCCAUUGCCUUGGUGUCCUCUCAGGGCUGUGUGGGGAGGUGGCUUUGAACACAUCCCAUUUCCCCCCCCACAAAACCAUAAUCUGACCCCAUAACCAAUGGUGGAGCCACCGACAAUGUAGGGCAUUGUGUUGGUCGAGUGCCUGGUCCCUUCCAGGGCAAAGGGAGGGCCAAUCAAAUGAGGAGGGGAUACUAAGGGUGGGGUUGGGGGUGGCGGUGGGAAGGGGAACUUGACUCAUUAGGUAAAAUGAGACAGAAUGAGAGAGAGCGAGCGUGCGCGAGGGGGAGGGAGGGCACGCAUGACAAGGAGGGAGGGUAUGUGCGACAGAGAGGGAGGGUCCACACAACAGGGAAGGAGGGUGCACGCGACAGGGAGGGAGGGUGCACGCGACAGGGAGGGAGGGUGCACGCGACAGGGAGGGAGGGUGCACGCGACAGGGAGGGAGGGUAUGCGUGAUGGGGUGCGAGGGCGUGUGAGAGAGGGAGGGAGAGCUCGCGCGAGGGAGGGAGUGUGACAGGACAUGGUUGUGGGAGUUCUCUUCAACUGAAAUUGAUUUUGAAACGGGAGAAUUACAGCAAUGACCUCUGCUGCCGUUACCAGGGGCCUGACUGACUGGUAUCUGUGUGGGGGCUUCCAAUAAGCAGCAAGUCACUCAAAGGGCAAGAAACCGGCAACUAGAAACAGCUGGCUGGACAGCAGGAGAGAGUAGACCUCAUCUGCCUCCUCCUUUCCAGACUGGCCUGGGUGGUAGAGAGUGCGACGGGUAGGUGGAGGAGGAGAAACACAAUGACUCAUUCGAGUGUUUGUGAACACCUCGCAAUUGCAAGCCUGGCAAAGCCAUGGUUAAACAUUAGCCUGUUUAUUUGUGUUGAGAUAGCAACGUUGCAUGAACAUUGGCACAAAUCCAUUUCGGAAUGCACACCUGCACAGGUUUCCUGGGAACAUUCACUGGAUUUUAUUCGGAUUUGCAAUGACCCUUCAGAAUCUCCCCAUUUGCAGUUACUCCACUGACUGUGGAUUGUUGAGAUCAGUGGGUGCGUUGCUAUGAAAUACUUUGAAUAAAUAAACUACUCAGUUAAAGCAAA